AUGCUGCAAAAGUUAAUUCUGUUGGGCUUUGCUUUUGCUGGCAUUUCUGCUGAGCCGCCUGUGCGAGCGCCUUAUGCACCUGCUGGUUGGCGUCCUCGCGUGCCAUUCAGCUUGCCAGGCAACCUGGAAACCAGUGUUGAGAUCAGCAGGCAACGUGUUGAACAUGCUGGCACGUUGCAUGCAGCUCAGCUCGCUUCGAACUAUUUGCCCCCAAACAUGCCGGGGCAGCAGCCAGUGUCCAAACAAGUGGAAGACGAAACAACACCAUCCCCGCAAUAUGGAACCCCAGCUGAUGGCACUUUUCGCAUAGACUAUCCCGAAGAAGAAGUUCCCGCACCAUCCAGCGAUCUGCAGAGAUCGAAGAUUAAAGAGGGCCGUUACUAUAUAGUUGCAGACGAUAACAAACUGCAGCGCGUUCUCUAUCGCACGGUGCAAACUGCAGGCGAUGAUCUGACAGCACAGCUCAGGUACUCGGCCGUAGGCAAAUUGCAGGAUCCCGUUUAUAAGUACAAUAGCCAGGGACAAUUGGAGCGCGUGCUGAAGUAA